AUGAAGGCGGCAAAGCUUCCAGGUGACUCUGGUUCAUCUAACACUCUGGACAUUCAGCCUAGUGGCCUCAUUAGGAUUGACUCACUACAUAUGCCUCGAGAGGAGUCAUCUCUUUCAAUCCCUCCCCAUUCGUUGGGCAUUAAACCCCUGGGAAACAAAUAUACUGCAACAAGCGAUGCCAAAGAUUCCAUUGGCUAUUUUCAAAUAUUCCCCGACGAGGUUUUGGCCAUCCUUCUGGAGUAUCUUGAAGUCCCCCAAUUACUUGUACUUGGUGCGACUUGCAAGUUUCUAUAUGCCUUUUGCAGGUCAGAUGAUAUCUGGAAGUCUUUGUUUAUCGAAUCACCACAAUCCAAAGCCGGCUCCUUCGCAUGGCGCGGCACCUGGCGCUCCACGCUUCUCGGCCUAAACCAUGACCAAGUCUCCCAAAUACAAUGCAACACCGUAUUCUCAGAUGUGCUCUACCGACCUUUUCUAUGCACACACACAUCUUUAGCACGAUUCGCCUCCAACAUCCCUCUCGCAAAUGCCAUCACACGCCUCGAGAACCUCUCACCAACAGAGUUCUCAGAGAGCUGGAGUAACAAGCCUUUCAUCCUCACCAAACCAAUUCGAGAAUGGCCUGUCUACAAGUCGUGGCAUGCAAGCAGUCUUUCGGACCAGUAUGGAGGUGUCAAGUUCCGAGCUGAAGCUGUAGAUUGGACGCUCAACACUUAUUUGAACUAUAUGUCGGACAGUAGCGAUGAGAGCCCGCUUUACCUGUUCGAUCGAAGCUUUGUCCAGAAAAUGAAUCUCCAGAUCAGCAAAACGCAGCCUUCACCGUCAUACUGGAUCCCAGAAUGCUUCGGUCAUGAUCUCUUUUCUGUUCUAGGAGAUCAGCGACCCGAUGACAAAUGGCUCAUCAUGGGUCCAGCACGGAGUGGCUCGACAUAUCACAAGGAUCCGAAUGCUACCAGUGCGUGGAAUGCUGUCCUAAAAGGUUCCAAAUAUUGGAUUAUGUUCCCGUCGAAUGCUUCGGCUUCGCCGCCACCGGGUGUGUAUGUGUCGCAGGAUCAGAGCGAAGUUACGAGUCCGCUGAGCAUCGCGGAAUGGUUGCUAGGAUUCCAUGCAGAGGCUCGGAAGACUCCAGGAUGUGUAGAAGGCGUUUGUAAGGAAGGAGAGGUCUUGCACGUGCCGAGCGGAUGGUGGCAUUUGGUCGUCAAUCUGGAUGCUGGUAUUGCCAUCACUCAAAACUUUGUGCCGAGGAGCCAUUUGGCGGGUGUUCUUUCGUUCUUAAGGGACAAGCCUGAUCAGGUUUCGGGAUUCAAAAAAAGUGUUACUGAUCCUUACGGCACUUUUGUCCAAGGCAUGCAAAGUCAGCACCCUGAGCUGCUGGAGCAAGCUUUUGAAGAGCUGAAGAGGAAAUCGGAGGGUAAGAAGCGGAAGUGGGAUGAGGCGGUUGGUAAAGAGAAUGGCGAGAACAAUGGUGGUGGAUUUAGCUUCGGCUUUGGAGAUGACAGCGAUGAAGAGAUACCUUGA